AUGCGCAGCCGGCCCUCUCCGCGCCCACGGACCCACGUGAGCGCCCAGCCGGCGACAUUCCUACCCCCCGCCGCCCGCUCCUACCCCGGGGCGGGGAGCGGACUUCCACCGCCACGCGCGGGCACACGGAACACGGAGAGGCGCACACGCGCGCACACGGCAGGGAGCCGGGGAGAGCUGGCGGGCUCGGGUGCGCCCGUCGGCUGCCCGCGUGCGCGCGGGGCUCGGCAGGAAUCCCCCGCUGCGACGGGCGGCCUCGCGAGGGCGGCCCUCGGGGGCCCGGGCCUCCAGCCCUGCUCGCCUCCCGGCCGGCGCUCGGGGCGCAGGAGCGGGCGGGCCGUGCUCGCGGCUGCCGCGCCGGGCGGUCGGGGGCCAGGCGGCCCGGCUGGGGGCGCGAGCGGCCUGGCUGCGGGAGCCCCCCCCGUCCGAAUCCGCAGCCCCGCCCCGCCAUUCCGCACUUUUGCUGGGGAGAGGCACGUGAGGAGGAGGCGGCUUGAGGCGAGCACGGCGGGAGGAAUGAAAGUGGCGGUGUCGCCGGCAGUUGGUGCCGGGCCCUGGGGCUGGGGGACCGGGGGCCGUGGGGGCGGCGGGGCAGUGCGGCUGCUCCUGCUUCUCUCCGGCUGCUUGGCCUGCAGCGCAGCUGGAACUGAUGGUGUGGUCAUGCUUCAGGAAUCCCAACUUUAUUAUAUGGAUAACAGGCAACAAUUCUGUUAUAAAAAUGUGCUUAUCCCAAAGUGGUAUGAUGUGUGGACACGGAUACAGAUCCGGGUAAAUAGUUCCAAACUGGUACGAGUCACCCAGGUGGAGAAUGAAGAGAAACUGAAGGAGUUAGAGCAGUUUAGUAUCUGGAACUUUUUUUCCUCCUUUUUAAAAGAGAAAUUGAAUGACACCUAUGUUAACGUGGGUCUAUACAGCACAAAAACCUGCCUCAAAGUUGAGAUUAUAGAGGAAGACACGAUGUACAGUGUCAUUGUGACCCGGAGAUUUGACCCCAAACUCUUCUUCAUGUUCCUCCUUGGACUUACGCUAUUUUUUUGUGGAGAUUUGCUGAGCAGAAGCCAAAUCUUCUACUAUUCUACUGGGGUGAGUGUGGGAAUUGCGGCCUCUCUACUAAUCAUCAUUUUCAUACUGUCCAAGUUUAUGCCCAAGAAAAGUCCCAUUUACGUCAUCCUGGUGGGAGGCUGGUCCUUUUCUCUGUACCUCAUUCAGCUAGUUUUAAAAAAUUUACAAGAGAUCUGGAGGUGUUACUGGCAGUAUCUUUUAAGCUAUGUCCUCACGGUUGGAUUCAUGAGUUUUGCAAUCUGUUACAAGUAUGGGCCCUUGGAGAAUGAACGAAGUAUCAACCUGCUGACCUGGACCUUGCAGCUGAUGGGCCUAUUUUUCAUGUAUUCUGGUAUCCAGAUACCACAUAUUGCCCUUGCAAUUAUCAUCAUUGCACUGUGUACUAAGAACCUGGAGUACCCUAUUCAGUGGCUGUACAUCACUUACAGAAAGAUGUGUAAGGCAACAGAAAAGACUGUGCCCCCUCGUCUCCUGACAGAAGAAGAAUAUCGGAUACAAGGAGAGGUAGAGACCCGAAAGGCUUUAGAGGAGCUUCGAGAAUAUUGUAACAGUCCAGACUGCUCUGCUUGGAAGACUGUUUCUCGAAUCCAGUCUCCAAAGAGAUUUGCUGACUUUGUGGAAGGUUCUUCUCACCUCACACCAAAUGAGGUUUCUGUCCAUGAGCAGGAAUAUGGAUUAGGGAGCAUCCUUGCCCAGGAUGAAAUCUAUGAAGAAACAUCCACUGAAGAGGAGGACUCAGACCCUCAGUAUCCUGCUAUCACACAACAGAUCAACUCCUGACUUAGGUGGUGGUCAGUUAUCUUUAUAUGGACUGGCUUGGUAUCUCAAUGGUCCAUGUUAUGUUUGUGCACCAUUGCUUCUCAACUCUUUGAAACAGGAUGAGAUAGCAUAGAAAUCCUCCCACUGAAAUUAGAGGCCUGAGUAGGCAUCCCUUUGGAAAUGGUCUUGGUGGUCUCUGUGGGAUCUCUGAGGGAGAGUGGGUAAAGUAGUGAAUGCUUUCAAUGCUUCCUAUUGGUUGUUGGCCCACGUUUAUGUUUCAAAAACAAAAAACUGGAUGGCCACACCUAGCAUGGCAUUCUAGCGCCUCUUAAGGGUUGACUCGGUGGUAGCAUUUCUGCCACCAUCACUGGCACUCAAAAGUGAGAACUGUUACAUGUGCAGCAAUGUUUUCAGACCCUCGGCUGCAUCUUCCAGAGAGAAACCCAUAAAUCUGAGCCUCCUUUUCUUCUUUUCUUUCAAUGACUUUAGAAUAAUAUUUGUUUUAGCUGUUUUAAGAGGAAAGUAGAUUUUUAUUUCUGUCUUGUUUUUUAAAUGGAUAUAUUUUUUUAAAUGUAACAAACUCUUGUUCCAGAACCAGCAAGUGUUCCAGGUUGACAAGCCCAUAGGCCUCUACAUGCUUAUUGAUAUGGAUUAUCCAUUAACGCCCCAGAAUUGUUGUGUUGAGCUUUGAAUUAGUUCUCACAAUAUGAUAUUCUAAGUAUCACUUGCUUUUAGGAACAUUCUUGUGAACUCUUCUGUAGGGGAGGUUUUUAUUAUAUGCAACUUUUAAUUCUAUCUUAAGACAUUUGCAUUCUUCCCUUCCCGUUCCUCCUUGUUCCCUUUGCUCUUUCAGGAAGUGUCUAUUUCCUCAACUGUGAUGUACAAUUUAGGGUUCGUUCCAUUUCUUAUAUUCUUUUCCCCUUGGUUGGUAGCAUUAUUCCUGCUAGUUGGGAGAAGUGAUCGUUUUUUAGAGAAUUUAAAUACUUUUUACAUGCUCUCUGUUUUUCCUGUCAGUGGAACAUGUAUCUUUGAGUUGCUAUGGAAUCAAAAAACUCUCCUUUUCUUCUCUCUUCCUUUGUCUACCCAUUCUAACCAUUCUUUUCAGCCUUUAUCACUUUUAUGCCCCGCCCCCCAAUCUAGCUAAUUUGUAAGCCCCGACACUAUCUGUGAAGUUUCCUUGCUACAACAUACAAGUUGUAGCUAUGUAGCUGCCACAAUUUGCAUUGCUACAAAAUAGACCUCCAGGUAAUCUUGAUGCCUCUUCAUUCACCUAUCAGGAUCAGACACAUUUUUCUAUACUUACUGGCAGUUCCAUUUCUGACCAGAGAUUCAUGCUGCCUUUUAUCACAGUGGCAUUAGUUUCAGAUUCUUUUACCAUUGGAAAGUACUUUUAUAGACCAGCAAUGGCAUUUAUGAGGGAGCAAAUUCCCAAGUCUCUCAUUUGCUUGGUUCUGUCUUGGUGAUCUUCACCCCUGUACCUUGGAAGAAGCUGUAAUUACUCUAGCCAGGAAUAUAGACACUGAUAGCAGGAGCACAGCAUCAGGCUCACUGGUUUACCAUGAUCAUGAAGAAGGCAGAUGAUUUUUUUUAAAAAGCUGUAAUAUCUCCUUCAGACCAGCCAUUUAUCAGAUAAUCUUGAAAGGCCCUGGGCUCAUUGCUGACUUCCAAAAUGUCAGCUCUGAGACUCCCCUCCAGGUGGCCAGUUGAUUAUCACCACUAGUGUUUCCCAUAGCUUUAAACUGUCCUAAUGUGACAACUACCUCAAUUGGCUGCAAAUACACAUAUAGUAGAAAGUGAAAAAGCAGUAUUUGGGCAGAUGCUGAGGGGUUAAAGUUGCAGGGCAAACGAGCUUUAUAUUGGGAAACUUUUAUGCCUUUGUAAAUUAGGUACAUGGUAAAAUUUUAUCUCUCUGCAAAGAACUGUUAGGACUCCUGGAAUAUAGUAUUUUUUGCUUUAUUUAUAGAAAUCAAGAUCUAGCAUAUUUGAGCAGCAGUUGAUUUAAAAAAUAAUUCAUCUGUACAAGUGGUCUCAGGAUUACCUGGACUUCGGUGCCUUCCCCCAGAUUGCUUGUUGGGGAGGUGGUAGCUUGCCUCCAGGAUGACUUUCCCUGCCUCUUAUCUUUAUCUCAGUGAGAAAGCACUGUGAAGCAGGGCAAGAGUCUCCUCUUUUUCUGCUUAAACUCCUUGUGAAAUAUAGUUUCCAUCUCCAGGCCACUUCUUUUCACCAUGUUUGAACUUGGGGUGAGUAAAAUCAAACUCAGUUUAUUACUCCAUGUCUGUAGUCAGAGACCCGAGCUGUAGGCAGUGGAGCUGACCAUAGGUCCUGCGGCAAUGAGAGCUGCUCUGAGACAGUGAAGGACGACAGUGCCUUUGGUGUGCUGCGUGUCCUUGCCCUGCCUGCUUGUGUGGCUCUGCCCCAGAUGCUUCAGAGCCUCCAUAGGCCCGCAGAUUGCUUGACUCCAUAAACCUUCUUCGGAGCUCCUCUUGUCUCCCUCUUGGCCACUUAGUCUGCUGGCUCAGUCACUACUUGAAGCCCCCACUUAAUUUUCUCUGGCAGUUACAACUCUAGCAAUUCAGCAUAGUCUCAUCUCUCAGACUGAUCUCAUCGAAAAGGAUUGAAGGGAUAACCAUGGAGUGAGCUGAACAUUGGAGCCAUGUCUGCUGCCAUGUCAGCGUCUUGCUCGCAAAUAUGCAGCUGUAAAUUGGCCCUAGGGCUCAAGGUCUCUUCAGCAUCGGAAAUCUGUCGCAGCUAAUUGGUCUGACCAAGUUAUGUAGAGCAUGACUGCCAUUAAUUGGAAUAUGAGAGCCAGCUGGCCUAAAACAUUUCCCCUUCCCUUCUCCACACAGAUUGCUUUCAUGAGACCAAUGGAACCAAUCACCAAAAAUAAGGGCAGUUUUGCAACUAGGGUGUCUUCUAAGAAGAAGGUCCUAUCAGCCACAUCAUCCCACCAAAACUGGUUUAUUUCCUCCCCCCAAAUUCAUGACUUUUAUGUCUGUUACAAAGAGGUUUCUGCUGCUCAUAGUCUUUGGGUCCCAGUGUUCUAUUUUGUGCUGAUACAUCCCAUUCAAGGCCUAGCCCUUUCUUCACUGACUUCAACCCAAUUCCCACCUGGCAUAUACGUUAGAGAUUUGAUGAAUGAAAGGACCCAAAUAGGCCAGAUAGUCCUUCCUGGCCUUGAUAUCCAUAAAAAGCUUGGAAAUGGAUUAUGCAAUUGCCCUUAAUCUUUUUGUUCCAGAAAAAAGAUGGGCUCAGAUGGAUGCCUGCGUAAAAAUGGUUCUUAGCUGUGUACUCAUAACUUUUCUCUGAAUUGAGUAGUGAAAGUUGAAGUAGGAGGAAAGGAAAUUAAAUGUCCUUCUAGUAUUCCUUUGGACUUAGGUCUGACAUAUGAGAUAAUAACCUAUAUUGAAAUGCCAAGAACUUUAUUUCAACCAAGGAGAGGAUGGUUUGACAGAUUUAUUAUGCCUUCAUAUUACAUAGGCACUGAAACCAAGUAAUAAACAUAUAAAAAUAGCCAUAUGCACAAGGCAAAUGCACCCAAAACCUCUUGUUUAUGUUUUGAUGUAGCAGAAAUUUAUUAUUAUGUUUAGGCAAACCUAUGCAGUUAUGGUGAUCAGUGGUAUCUUUUGGUAACUUAGCUUAUGGACUCAGUUGCUGUUGAGGUGGAUUCUAGAUGGUUACUACCUUAAAAAGGGUGUUUGGUGCCUUAUGUGAUGGGAGCCAGAGCCUGCUGGGAAUAAACAAAGCAGAUUCAUGUCCACAUCAACACAUAGCUUUAGUAGGGGGUGGGAAUCGCACACAGCCUCCCCCAAAUUUGGGACUUUGGGCUCCCACAUCCCCUGCCUGUGUGUGUCAUUUUCCUCUUUAUACUCUUGACUCUUGACAGUAACUUGAAAAUGGUGAAAUCAUCUUCUCUGAACUUUCCUACAGCAUGGGCAGCAUUCGUAUCACUUUAACCUACUAGAUAGCUCAUAAUGUGAGUAUUAGGACUGUUACAGCCAGCCAUUGCCUCAGUUUCCCAUGUUUGUGGAAUUGAUGGUGAAAUAGCAGGACUAAGGAAUUCUUGGGUAAGUUUUAGCCUGUGGGUAAUGCCUUAGUGUUGUUUUAAAAGAUUUGUCAUUUAUAUUUAAAAUAAAUGUUCACAAAUGUUUGAAAGGAACAAAAUGAUCAGGGAUGGCUCUUUGCCAUGGGUCUCAUUUUCACUCUUUUCUGUAAGAAAAAAUAACAAUGUCUUAUUAUAUAUUUUUUCAUUUUUAUUGUACAAAUUUGUAAGUAAUCCCAAUUUUAAUAAAGUUUUAUAGACGAUA